AUGGACGAACUUUUCGAAGCAAAACGCCGCAAGCGUAAAGUGGAAUCAGCGCAUUUGGACGGUCCGACUCCUGCGUGGGCACAGCAGAUGCAGACCCAGAUGCAGACCCAGAUGCAGCAAAUGCAGACCCAGAUGCAGCAAAUGCAGACCCAGAUGCAGCAAAUGCAGACCCAGAUGCAGACUCAGAUGCAGCAAAUGCAGACACGCAUCACGAUCGAGUCCCAGAAAUCAAGAAAUUUUUCCCGUCGUUCCACUGCCGAUGCAAUUGCUCAAGAACUUCAGGAAUUGCUUCUCUUUUAUGCACUUCCUCUGGAUGCGCGUGUUGCUGACAGACGCAAGCGCUUGGGAAACCACCUUGGAGUAGUCCUGUAA